GGGUUUCGGAGUCGAAGUGAAAACGAAUGGUUUCACAUCGGCGAAAACAUCACCGACAUCGAAAUCAUCAUCGCAAUCAAUAGAAGAAUCAUCUUUGAAACCCUGGAAAUCAGCCUCGAACUCAGCGUCAAAAUCAAAGACAUUAGAGCGCUUUUUCGAGCUCUUCUUCAGAUCCGGCCAAAUAAACUCACUGGUAACACGGCGAGACCUCGGCGGUGGAAUGAAAUCGGAGAUUAUAGCUCCUCCACACAUGUCGGUGACUCUUGAGGGUGUAAAUGUUCGAAAACAAAAUCUUAGCGGCGAAAAUGGAAAUUAAUUGAUACUUUUGGGGUUUUUCUUUGUUUUUUUUUUCUUCUCUCUUCAACGCUUUGCUUUGUUCUUCGGGAGCAGAAAGGGCUUUUAGCGUAAAAUAAAGAUGAAGCGAGUACCAUGAUUAAUUACCAUUAUACCCUAAACUUGAUGUACUAUUUACGGUACUACCCUACUUUAUAUUCAUGUACU